AUGGAAACAGAUAUCCGUAAGUUGAAACAGCGUAGAGCUAGAGCAAAAGGACAAGUUACUCGCAUUUCGAAUUUUUUAGAAGCUGGAACCGCCACAGCGGUGGAAGCGCAGGUCAGACUGCAAAAAUUAGAGGAGUAUUUUUGUACAUUUGACAAAGUGCAAUGUAUGAUUGAGGAAAAACAACUCGAUUCCGAGGAAGAAAUAUUGAGCGAGGAAAACGAUCCCGAAAGAAUGGUUUUCGAACAAUUAUAUUACAGGGCAGCAGCCAGGGCGCAAGAGAUAAUCGCGCAAGGACAGAACGAGGUUAGAGCACACGCAACAGGCAAUCAAGCGGAUAUUCAGGGCGAAGCACCCGAGAUCACACGCAGGCGACCGAAAUUACCGGAGAUCAAGCUGCCGGAAUUCAACGGCGACUACACUAAAUGGUUAUUCUUUAAGGAUAGCUUUGAGACAACGAUUCAUGCAGACAACACUUUGACGGCAGUGCAGAAACACCAAUAUCUUGUGGGAGUGCUGCAGGGAGAAGCUCGUAGUGUUAUCGAAGGUUUUAAAAUCUCAAGUGAGAACUAUGAAAACGCAUGGAAAUUACUAAAGGAUACAUAUGAUAACAGCAUGAUUAUCAUGCAGAGUCAUUUAGACGAUUUGCUAAAUCUUCCGGAAAUAACGAAAGAAGAUAAAUCAGAUUCAUUGCGCAAAUUCAUUUGGCAUAUUCAAACACAUGUAGCGGCCCUGAAGAAUCUUGGCUUACCAGUGGAUGCAUGGGAUGCCAUUUUGAUGCACAUGGCAAAAAAGAAGUUGGACUUCGUGGAACAAAAGGAUUGGCAGAAUCUUAUAAAAAAUAGAACGCAGGAAAACAUGCCUCGGUUGUCAGAAUUCAUCACCUUUCUAACAGAACGGUGUCACGCUAUUAAAGUUCUUGAGAAAAAUCGAGUAAAAACGACUGAAAAACAGGUCAAUCGAGAGGUAAAGAAAAAGGAAAGAAGAGUAACAUUAGUAUCUACGACAGUCAAAUGUAAAGUCUGCGAAGGAGAUCAUCCAAUAUUUAAGUGUAGCGACCUUCUCAGCUUACCGAUAGCAGAGCGGAGAAAAAAGCUUCUGGAGACAAAGUUGUGUAUCAACUGUUUAGGAACAGGUCAUUACGUGCGCGAUUGCAGAUCGUCAUUGUGCAAGAAGUGCGGGAAGAAGCACAAUUCACUCAUUCACGAGGAAUUCGCAGGGCAAGGAAAGGCUCAAGAUAAAUCAUCAAGUGAAGAUUCAACAGCGUCAGUUAUUAUGAACUGUGCUGCAGUAAAGCAAGAUUUGGUAAUAAAAGCCAGCACAGCAGGCGAGCAGCAAGUCUCAAAUAAAGAAGACGACGUUGCUACUAAUGUUUACUAUACAAGAUACAAAGGCACCAGAGUGAUACUCGCUACAGCUAAAGUUUGCAUAUCGGGAGCAAAUGGAGAGAAGAAGCAUUGUCGGGCGCUGCUCGACCCAGGUUCGCAGUCAAAUCUAAUUACAUCAAAUUUGGUUCGAGCGCUGAAACUGCCAUGCAAAAGCACAGUUUGCCCAAUUAGCGGGAUCAACAAAACACGACUUCAUAACCACAGUAGAGUGCCCUGUAUACCGGAAAUCACUGAGUUGUUACCUCAGGUUGAAAUAAAUACAACGAAGAUGCACAUCCCAAAGGAUGUUAAAUUGGCGGAUCCGACAUAUCACAAGCCGGGGCCUGUUGACAUACUCCUUGGAGCCGGAAUAUACUGGCAAAUUAUUACCGAAGCACCAGAGAACAAGAAUAAAGGAAAACCGGCAUUGCAGAAUACGCGUCUAGAAACAAUCAUCGGUGGGGAAUUAAAUGAAGAGCCCGCAGAAGUAUCGAAUAGUUGUAACGUGGUCACGAAUGCUCAAUUGCAAGAUCAGCUCUAA